AUGGCCUCCAAGUUCCUUCGAGAAUAUAAGUUGGUAGUGGUUGGUGGUGGUGGUGUCGGAAAGUCGUGUUUGACAAUCCAACUGAUCCAGAGUCAUUUCGUGGACGAGUAUGAUCCAACAAUUGAAGAUUCCUAUCGCAAGCAGUGCCUGAUUGAUGAUGAGGUCGCUCUCUUGGACGUUCUCGACACGGCUGGUCAGGAGGAAUACUCUGCCAUGCGAGAGCAAUACAUGCGAACCGGCGAGGGCUUCUUGCUCAUCUACUCGAUCACGUCGCGUCAAUCAUUCGAAGAAAUCAUGACUUUCCAACAGCAGAUUCUCCGUGUCAAAGACAAGGACUAUUUCCCCAUCAUUGUCGUGGGUAACAAGUGCGAUUUGGAGAAGGAGCGAGUGGUGUCUUCGGAAGAGGGUGAAGCGCUGGCUCGCCAAUUCGGUUGCAAAUUCAUCGAGACCUCCGCCAAGUCUCGUAUUCACGUCGAAGACGCUUUCUACGACCUCGUCCGCGAGAUUCGCCGAUACAACAAGGAGAUGUCCUCCUAUCCCUCCGGCUCAGGCGCCUUUGGAGCCCGUGCUCCCGAGAACAAGAUGGAAGUCAGCGAGCCCGGCGAGAGCGGUGGAUGUUGCUCCAAGUGCGUCGUCAUGUAG